GCCCGUCCGUCGAAAAGUUUUAGACCGUAAAAUCCGUGAAACCAUCCAAACCUGAAUAAAUAGUGCAAUUAUUAAAGCAGCCACCAAUCGGUUGAAAUUGCUUCUUGUAAAGCCCUAGAAAUUAUACAAAAAACUUUUUCCUUGAAGUAAAACUUCGAUCCUCACGCUGGGUAAAAUGGCUAAACGCGGUGCGCAAUCGGAUCUGAAUCAUGACAACUGGAACGAAGAGGAAGAGGGCGAAGAAGCCGGUGAGUUUUCUCAGGCCCCCGAAGAGGAACUGAAGAAGCGCGUCUUCAAAACCGCCCGUCGACGAGGUACAGGACUUACGUCGGAAACCGAAGCCGGUUCGAGUGUUUUCAGCGGAUUCAAAGGUUUCUCCGCCGUUACUUCAACUCCGGCAGCGGGGGCUGCGGCUAAAGCACCAGCCGCCAGCUUGAUUUCUUUUCUAUCGAACUUUAGCGGUGCCAGUGCCAGUGGCAGUAAUCCCAAACCUGCCAACGGAGCCGCAUCGGCCACAACCAGCCCUUCGGCGGCAACCGGCGGGUCGAUUGGUAGUGCCACGACUUCCGCUCUCGGUGCCAGCAUUUUCGCUGCGACUGAUCCUAGCAAAAAGAUAUUUGCCGGUUUCGGAAGCCCACCCAAGGCAGAGCCGGCUGCCGGUUCCGGUAAAACAGAGGAGAAAAAGGAUGCAAAAACGGCCGAUUAUGCUGCCAGCAUUAAGGCCCUCAAUCAGUCGGUUUCGGCAUGGAUUUCCGACAAGGUGAAGCAAAACCCGCUUUGCAAGUUGACUCCGAUCUUCAAAGAUUAUGAGAAAUAUCUGGAGGAAAUCGAAAGCAAGAGCGCAGUUUCCGACUCGAAAGACACUGCUAAAACUACUACAACCGGGUACACGUUCCCAAAAGCAAUACCAGAAGUGAAGACCCAAGAGCCAGCCGUUAAACCGUUUAGUUUUGGUUUUGGUAGCUCAACAUCAACAUCAUCCUCGUCUGCACCGGCCAAGUCCGGUUUCACGUUCGCCAAUGUAGCGAAACCCACCAGCGAAGCUGACAAACCAGCGGGUGAUGCAGAGGAAGAUGAAGAACCGCCCAAGGUGGAAUUCACUCCAGUCGAGGAAAAAGACAGUCUCUACUCGAAACGUUGUAAGCUGUUCGUGAAGACCGACGGAAACUACUCGGACCGCGGCAUAGGAACGCUCCACAUUAAGAAAGUUGAUUCGAAGGUUCAAGUUGUGGUUCGAGCCGACACCAAUCUGGGCAAUAUUCUGCUAAAUAUCAUUCUAAAUGAAGCCAUCCCGUUGCAGCGGAUGGGCAAGAAUAAUGUGAUGAUGAUUUGCUUGCCAACGCCAGAAUCAAAGCCGCCGCCUACGUCGGUUUUGCUGCGCGUUAAAACUGCUGAAGAAGCGGACGAAUUGUACGAAACACUGAACAAGCAUAAACCCAAGUAGGCUUAGCGAAAACUUCUUCCGUUUUCCAAAUUCAAAAAAAUGAUAAAUAAAUUGUACACUUUUCUUUAAUU